CCUAAAAACAAUUUAAUAAACCAGAGUACUCUUAAGUCUUAACUCUCAACCAAAAUAAAGUCACAUAACAGAUUUAAAAUAAAGUCACAUAAUCCUUUCAUUCAUUCUAAUAUAUCUUCAGGAAGUAUCCUCUCUUCCACUGUUUGCUUAGAAAAAAUACCACUAUUAUCACGCCAUCCCCAAGCAACGGCAUCUACCAUGAGCUCUAACAGUACAUCACUUUCUUUGGUUGUCCAUUGCUCAUAUCCUCCUUUUUUGGUAUCUUGUUGUUGAUCACUCAUGAUGAUAUUGAUAUGAAAGUAAAAAAAGGAGUGUGUGUGUGUGUAUGAAAAUGCAUAAAAAUCGUAGCAUAAAUUAAAUAGUAUCCACUGUCAUGGAGAAGAGAAAAAGGAUGAGAAGUACGGAAAAUAAAGUGUCAAAAUUUGUUUACAAUGCAUUCAAGAGAAAUAUAGGUUUGAUCUAUUAUUAUGUAUUACAUCUCAUAAGACAAGUAUAGAAAUGUCAUAAAAAAUGAAUCAACAAAAUGCAUCAUUCAAAUUUCUACUAAAGUAGAACUGUUAAAACGGCUAAUCAAUCAAGAUUAUUGACAUUCUUUAGAUGAACAGGAAAAAAACCAUCUUCCAUGACAUAUUUAAAAAAGCCCUGCCAUAUAUACUAUUCAACAUAAUAUAGGUUUGCCUCGUUUUCAAUUAUAUACUAUUCAAUGCAUUCAAGAGACCAAUAGACAAUUAAAAAUUUGUUUUGAAUGCAUUCAAGAGACAUAUAGGUUUGCCUUGUUCAUCUUCUCUUUCGUUUUCUUAAUUUAGACCCCACUGUUGUAGAAGAAGUAUCUCAUGAAGAAGAAGAUCUGGUUUUAAAAACCAAAAUCAAUCUAAUUUUUAUUUACGAAAUCACACAUAUAAAUAAGUAAAUCUGUUAAAAAUAUCUUGGAAUGGUUUUGAAUCUGGUAAAAUUACAUAAUAAAAAAGAAUUUCAUUAUAGUUUAUUGGGGAUGGAGAAGAUCUUACCGUGAACUUGAGGACGAUGGAGGGAAGUUGGAGAAGAGAAAAACCUGUGCCGACGGAGGAAGAAACCAGGAAGAUGAGCUCUUGCAGUUGCCGAAGAAGAGAAGAAGAUGAGGUCAUUAUUAAGUUCUAUUUAAAAAAUAAAAAAGUUUAACAUUAAAAAAAUCAUUAUGUUUUAGUCCUAUUUAGUACAAAUUUCACUUUAAAAAAAUUAAGUUGUCCCAGUCAAAGAGAAGCCAACGUUCAAAAAAAAAAAAGAGAAGCCGACGGCCGACUUCUUCCGCCAAAUAGAUCUACCGAUUACGGAUUGCCGAUCUACCAUCUUCGCCUGAGGCCUUCUGCCAAAUAACCGGACCCCAUAUAUGACAGGGCCGGUCCCGGCCGUCACCAAGUUUCACAGUGAAUAGCAUUGGUUUGGUCGUGAUGUGUAGCGAGGAUAUAUCACUCGAGGGAUUAGAGGAAGAGCUAGAAGAGUGUAAAAGCGAUGAUGUAGUCGCAAACAUACUCUCCAAAGGCAUGAAAUUACGGGAAUACACAAAGGGAGUUGAGAACAAUUUAAGGCAGGUUGAGCUGGACUCGAUCCAGGAUUACAUAAAAGAAAGUGACAAUCUGGUCUCACUACAUGAUCAAAUUCGUGACUGUGAUACGAUUCUUUCACAAAUGGAAGCUCUACUAAGUGGAUUUCAGACAGAAAUAGGCUCUAUCAGCUCAGACAUAAAAAUCCUUCAAGAGAAGUCUAUGGAUAUGGGACUGAGGCUGAAGAAUCGGAAGGUGGCAGAGGCAAAACUGUCAAAAUUUGUUGAAGAUAUUAUUGUUCCACCAAGGAUGAUAGACAUUGUUGCUGAUGGAGAGGUUAAUGAUGAAUAUAUGAGAACAUUGGAGAUUCUAAGUAAAAAGCUGAAGUUUGUCGAAGUAGACCCAAUGGUUAAAACAUCACAAGCCUUAAAUGAUGUUCAACCUGAACUUGAGAAGCUAAGACAGAAGGCAGUAUCAAAGGUGUUUGACUUCAUGGUUCAAAAGCUAUAUGCACUGAGGAAACCAAAAACAAAUAUACAGAUCCUUCAACAGAGUGUUCUUUUGAAAUACAAGUGUAUUAUAUCCUUCCUCAAGGAGCAUGGAAAGGAGGUGUAUCUUGAGGUUCGAGCAGCUUAUAUUGACACAAUGAACAAGGUUUUAAGUGCGCAGUUCCGUGCUUAUAUUCAAGCACUAGAGAAACUUCAACUGGAUAUAGCAACAUCUAGUGAUCUAAUAGGUGUUGAGACAAGAAGCAGUGGUCUUUUCUCCAGAGGGAGAGAGCCAUUAAAGAAUCGGUCUGCAGUAUUUGCUUUGGGGGAAAGAAUCAACGUUCUCAAGGAAAUUGAGGAGCCUCCUUUGAUUCCACACAUAGCUGAAGCCGGUUCAAAAAAGUAUCCCUAUGAAGUUCUCUUUAGGAGCUUGCAGAAGCUGCUUCUGGAUACCGCUUCUUCUGAGUACCUUUUUUGUGAUGAUUUCUUUGGAGAGCAGUCUGUAUUUUAUGACAUAUUUUCAGGUCCUUUUGCUGUAAUUGAUGAGCACUUCAACUCAAUUCUUCCAAAUUCAUACGAUGCAAUUGGCUUGAUGCUCAUGAUUCGAAUUGUUCAUCAGCACCAGCUUGUAAUGUCUCGUCGCCGAAUUCCUUGCUUGGAUUCUUUUUUAGAUAAGGUCAAUAUUGCAUUAUGGCCUCGUUUCAAGAUUGUAUUUGACUUGCACCUCAGCAGCUUGAGGAAUGCUAAUAUCAGAAUUCUCUGGGAGGAUGACGUUCAUCCACAUUAUGUCAUGAGACGGUAUGCAGAAUUUACUGCAUCACUUAUUCAUCUUAAUGGUGAAUACAGAGACGGCCAGAUUGAACUUAAUAUGGAGAGGCUUAGAAUGGCUGUUGAUGACUUGCUUGUUAAGCUUGCUAAGAUGUUCCCUAAACAAAAGCUGCAGACAGUGUUUCUUAUAAAUAACUACGACAUGACAAUAUCUGUCUUAAAGGAAGCCGGUCCAGAAGGUGGCAAAAUUCAGCAGCAUUUUGAGGAUUUACUGAAGAACAAUACUUCUAUAUUUGUGGAAGAGCUACUGCUGGAGCACUUCAGUGAUCUUAUUAAGUUUGUAAAGUCAAGAGCAUCGGAGGACCCAAGUUCUGGAUCUGAAAGGCCACCUGUAAUGGCGUCUGAAGUUGAACCUAUAGUUAAAGACUUUGCAAGCCGGUGGAAGAGUGCAAUAGAGCUGAUGCACAAUGACGUGAUCACUUCUUUCAGUAACUUCCUUUGCGGGAUGGACAUACUAAGAGCAGCUUUAACACAGCUGCUCCUUUAUUACACCAGGCUUUCGGACUCCAUGAAGCGGAUUUCUGGCGGCACUGCGUUGAAUAAGGACCUCGUUUCCAUAUCUUCAAUCAUGUAUGAGGUCAAAAAGUUCUCGCGAACAUUUUAGGUCAAUUUCUAUCCCUUGUUUUUGCCAGUUAUACAUAGCUAAAUACCCUUUUGCCAAGAAACCUUACAGAAACACUUCCAUUGUAUUUUGCUUCGAUUGGGGGAGUUUGUAUUUCGUUCUGUUCGUGUAUUUUGUAUUCUUGAAUCGAGGUCGCCGUGCAGUUGUGUUUGCAAAUUCCGCACAUCCAUCAUUUUUCUUUUGGUGUGACUUUUAAUACUCCGUACUAAAAUGAUAGGUCACAUUGUGUAAUCACUAUUUAUUUAUUUAAACGAUCCCGUGCACAAGAAUUCAUAGGACAUUGGUUUCAAGAUUACUAUUCUGUGUU